AUGGCUGCCACAAAUUACUAUCCGGAGUACACAAAUAACACAAUGAUUUCUCAACAGCAAGCAUAUGCUUAUAGCGGAUACUACAGCAACAAUGAAUCAUACUACGAAGCUUCCAGUGACAACAACUUAAUGCAAAAUGUUUGCCCCACUCGGUAUCCUAUGUCAUACCAAGCUAGUUAUGAGCAAUAUAAGUCCUCUCCAGCUAACUUCACAGGGCAGAUUUACAAAACUGCAGAAUGGAGCUAUACCAGCAGCACUUCUACGGCGUCUUGCGGCCAACAAAGUGAUUAUAAGGAAGUUAUUUAUCAUGAAGUUCCUUCUAACUUGGUAAAAAAUGAGAGGAAGAGCCAAGGCGUAAUUACCACAAAUUUAAAUGGUUUCGGGAACGAAAAGAAACCAGAAUCACCAAAGCGAAGAUCAUCCGAGCUAGACAAUGAUGUGAAAACAGAGGCGGAAAAGCCGAGUACGUUACGGUCCUUAUUAACGAACCCUGCCAAGAAAUUGAAGUAUACUCCAAACUACUUUUUCACAACAAUGGAAAAAGUCAGUUCACCAAAGAAGCCAUCAAGCAAAAGCAACGCCAAGUCCAAUGACAAUUCAAACGUCGUCAGGUAUCCAGUCAAUACACCCCCCAGUUUUGAGCAGGAUGUUGUCGGUGGCGGCAGUCGUAUACCUACGCCUUCUACGCUCAGUGUGCUUUCUUCUCCUAGUCGCAAUGAUAUUGGUUAUUUGGAAACAUACUCUCCUCAAUCUGCAAAACUAUCGAAUCAAGGAAAGCACAGUGAUUUUCUCACACCACCACCGUCGAAUGCAUCAGCAACUGCGGCUUUUGGAGCGGCAGAGCCGACAUCGUUGGCGAUCUCACCAGCUGCUAUUGCACCAAUAAAAACUACUCCAUCCACGAAUGCAUCGCUUGUGGAUGGUAUUAGUACGCCACCCCUAUCGCCGCAUGACCAAGCUGUCAAUCAAAAUCAACAGGUUCGGCCAUUGCCGGCGUUAAAGCAAAAUGAAAUCAAUCAUCAAAUUUUGACAGAUACGGCGGCAGAGUUCAACUGGUCACACUGCGAAGAGAGUUUGACAGCAGAUUGCAAAGAUUCAAAACGCACUCGCCAGACUUACACCCGUUUCCAGACUCUGGAGCUAGAAAAGGAGUUCUACUCAAACCGGUAUAUUACGCGCCGUCGUCGCAUUGAAAUCGCCAACGCAUUGUCACUUACUGAGCGCCAAAUAAAAAUUUGGUUCCAGAACCGUCGAAUGAAGUCGAAGAAAGACCGCACAUUGGAUCCACCUACUCCCGACUACCAAGGCCUGUCCCACUACCCGAACCCUGGCUUGGAAGCAGUUGCUACCACACAACCGCCUUCACAAGCUCAGCUUCUGUACCUAAGUGCGCAACCAAAUGGACCCGUACCACCCGCCUACCCUCCUUACAUGACUGGUGGCCAAGCCUAUUCGCCAAAUCCAGUGAAUGCUUACCCGGGCCAGAGUGCACUUUCACAUUGUGGCCAAAUGUAUGAUGCUGCAACAGCAGGACAAUCAUUAUACAACCAAAAUAAUCAUCAUCAACAGUAUCCACAGCAGUCGCCGUAUCUGUUGGCUCAGCAAUAUCCGCCGCACGCCUACCAACACCAACAUCACCACCUCCAGCAGAGACAGUAUCAACAGUCACUGGCUCAAAUGCGGCCACAACAACAACAACUACUACCAUCACAGCAGCAACAUCAACUGCAAAUGAACAGUGCGCCAGCAGGAUCCUCAAUGUAUCUGCCGUAG